CGUGUGUGAUUCGCGCUCGCGGCUUCCGGAUUAUCGCGGCUAGUUUAGCGGGUGCCCCCCGAGGAGAUUGGGACAGCAGUAGUGAACCGUGCCUUAAAUACAGUGACCAGUGUAUGCCUUGAACGCGACGCGACAAAAAAGAAUGGACAUCCUGCUGCGAGACAUGAAUGCGCCGUGGCGAUGACAAGCCUGAUCUUGGAGAACGCCGACUUGAAUCGACUCUUUCCGAAAUGCCGGCCUAGGGGCGGUCCACCCCCGGCCCCGGGGGCCUCCACGCAGAGCAGCCAGCAGCCGCAUGACAGCCCCUGCCAGACGGAGGCCGUCGCUAUCACCACCACCGUCACCGCCGCGACCGCCGCAACAGCCGCUGUCACCAUCGCCUCUACGAACACGUCGACGAGCGCCUCCGCGAUAUCGGACGACAUGAUCGACCUCGAGCGCGACACCUCCGACAGGACGGCGAGCGUGGUGCCCGGUUUCACGGUCGAGGGCCAACUGCCGCACGCCACGAAGCCGCUUUCGUCGAGCUCCUCCUCGGCGUCCGGACGCAGUGAGGACGCGCCACAAUACGGUAGCCUGCCGGGUAGUGAUCAUCAGGGACAAUCGCAGCAAGACGAUAGCGAACCCGAGGGAAGCCCUGUGUACAUUUUGACCUCGGCCAAGGGAGGCCCUAGCUAUAAGCUUCGGGAUUCGAGAAUUAUAGAGAUCGCUGGUGGCCGAGAGGUAUUCUCGCAGAGCCGAGGGAAGGUGGCAGCUAGAAAGUCGCGAUUUCUGGCUGCGUCAAAUUCCAUAAAUAAUGAGGAUAAUAUUCAAACUGAUAAUAAGUUGUCUGUUAAGAAGAAUAAUAAGUCUCCUAACUCGCAGACCAUAUGGGAGCUACGAAGUCGAUGCGGUGAAACCAGAAAGCAACGUGCAAAUCGAGAAGUGACGGAGACCGUGUUUGCUUCCGAGGUACAUUCGGUGCGACGUAACGCUACGAAAUCCAUUCUCGAUUACGACUCUCCUAAAAGCAACCGCAGCAAUCGCAUAAUUAAUUACGAUUCAAUCUUGAAUAGCAAUAAUGUAGAAUAUACCAUACCAAAAAGUAUUACCGAUUUGGACUAUGGAUUACCAAAGAGCUGCGUAGAUUAUCAAUCGAAUCACAACACCCCCGCGAGAAGUAUGGCUAUUGUCAGCGACGGCGAAGUUGUGGUAUUCGAUGAUAUCGAUGACAAUUGGCAGGGGUUGCGAUUGGAUUUGGCGUCGAGCAAUACGAAUCAAGUUACGACGACGAAUCUAGACUUGGAGACAGACGAUUCGCAAAGAGGUCGUAUUGCACCGGAACCACCGAGUUCCAGCGUUGGAAGUACUCCUAGUCCUACGACGGCAUAUCAUCGCAAUACUUCAGAAUUUUUCAAAGUUGUUACACCAGCGAGUGAUUGCGAAGCAGAUUCUCCUUCUCCAGAACGUAAUCAUAAGGUUGCGAGAGUAAUUGGUGAAUUACCAAUCGCUCAGUAUUCUGGCAGCCCGAGACGUUAUGGAGUUCGUGAAAAUACACAGCUUCCUAGCUUAUUAUCAUCACCUUCAAUGUAUAUGACACCGAGACCUGGUUUCCCUCAAAGAGUAUUGCCAACAACACCAAAUCACAAUGAGAAGGAAGAUACUUCUGCAGAAAUCGUAGUAGACAAGACUGUGAUAGAAAAUAUUAGCACUGAAGAUCAGCCUAUACAUUCUUCAUCUCCAUCACCAAAGGUCGAAGAGGAAGAGGAAGAUUCUUUAAAGCCAUCAACUUUGCCUGCUGAUAACAUAAGCAGUCUUGUCUCGCCGGGAGGUAGCACCUUCGACUAUUUAUAUGAAUUUUCAGAGACACGGAAAGUGUUAGAAGAAUUCUUCAAAUGUCCGGCGCCGACGAAAGAAAAAGAAAACAAUAUAGAAUCCUUUCCUUUUCAGGAUCUUGAUUAUGAAUUAAGAAGGCAAGGUGGAAGUGCAUAUGUUGGUCAACGAUUAGCCAGUGGUCCACCUGCAACAGAAGAGGUUAUGGUACAUGAGUCUCCUAAAAAGCAACGGGCAGAAUUUCCGCAAAAUACAGGUGAACAUGAAAACAACUUUUUGGACCUCUCAGUAGGUACUGGCAGCAGUGAAGAUCUUGGAGAGACUGAGGUUGGCUUGCAAGUGGGACACUCGCGUAAUUUUACACUAAGCCCCGAGACAACCGACUGUGACAGUAAUUGCGGCGACUUGGACAGCGAGGUAUCCCUCAUGAUGAUGGAUAAUGAAUUGAUGCCAGCAAGUGGCCUUCUCGGAUCGGUCGGCGAUUUGGGGAAUAAUUCGGAUUCCCUGAGAAUAUACACUAGUAUGCCGGUAUUAGAAGACGGCCUGUCUAGUGGACACGCGAGUGAUACUGACAACAAUAAUCCUACUGUGAUGCUUAUGAAACGGCAAAUAAACGAGAUAGAGAAAGAGAUCAUACAGAGAACUCGUAACGACAUGUUAGGUACGAAUGAGAAUGACUCUGGGAAAGACGUUAGUCUAAAUGUAACAAAGGAUAUUUUACACACGUUGAAGACUACAUCUCCUGAUCUAUUUGUCGCGAAGAAGGAAAAUUCGUACGACACGAACGAGCUCCAACUCGAUGGAUUGGAUCCUCUGGGCACGCCGCCGCCUCCGGCACCUCAAGGACGACAGAGUGUAUCCUUAGAAGUAAAUUGUGGAGAGGUGGAAGCAGCCAUCAAAGAUAUUAGAAUGGCCUUACAAAGGACUAAAGCUCUACCUGUGAAAUCACCAUCGGAAGAACCACCAGAACCGAGCGUUAGUCCGAUAUGGAUACCAAGUAUAAUGGAUGGCAGGCGGAGAGUCUGUAUGGAAAGCAAUAGCGAAGAAUCUGAUGCGCGUCGUAUAGGUGACGAAGCUGAUGUAGAAAUUGAGGAAUGUCCAGACGAAGAGGAAGCGGAUACCGAUCUUGAAACAGAUCGAUUGCUCGGACAACAAAGAACGGACGAUCAAGGAUUUUACGACGAUAAGGGGUGGAGGAAGCCUAAGACUAGGACUAUGUUACCACCAAUGAAUGCGAAAGUCGCUACUCCAAAACAAACUCCUCCUAAAUCUUUGAGUGUCGCCCCGAUAGAAACGCUAGCGCCUUCCGAGCCCAUACCCUCGACGUCUGCCUCGAUUUCCCCUCCUCUUGUAGUGUCUGUUAUACAAUCGUCGUCUUCUAACGAGUGCGAAGUAGCCACUCCCGCGCAACCUACAUCGAGUCCGCAGAAGACCCCAGUCAAAAACUCCCCCUCAUCCCCUCAGAGCCUCAAGGAAUCCAACAACAAGGUGAAAAAGGAUAAGGAAGGAAAGAAAAAGAGCAGAAACAAAGAAGACUUGUUGGAUGAUCCAUCAGUGUUGAUCGAAGGUGUCCUGUUCCGUGCGAGGUACUUAGGAUCCACGCAAUUAGUAUGCGAAGGUCAACCGACGAAGUCUACCCGCAUGUGUCAAGCAGAGGAAGCCGUUUCCAGAAUAAAGGAUGAUGGGCCAGUGCCGAUGCAGGCAACACUCUUAAACUAUGGGGGGCAGCAUGGGUAUGGUCGCUGCAGCAUUGCCUCGCAAGGAAGCCUAGAGGAGGACGAGUGCGACUCGAGCGAAGAACUUAUAGGAAGCGCUUCUGGUGGGGGCCAGUCCGAGUCACAAGCGCUUGGGGCCCAGCCGAAACUGGCCCCGAUCAGUGGCUGCUUGGGGCCCACAACCGUUUUCAGACUACAGUUUCUUGGGUCGGUGGAGGUGGAAGAGGAAGGGGGACGUAAACGGCGUAAGCGCCUUAAGAACCACAUGGUGGAGGAGGCUGUGACAAAAAUAAAGGCGCUGGCACCGGACGGUGACACUCAGCCAAGCACGGAGGUAGAUCUGUUUAUAUCAACGGAGAAGAUCAUGGUUCUUAACACCGAUCUAAAGGAGAUCAUGAUGGAUCAUGCGUUACGUACGAUUUCAUACAUAGCGGAUAUCGGUGAUCUGGUAGUGCUAAUGGCACGGCGACGUUUCGUGCCGCACGAAAUGGAAGAAGUACCAAAAAUCAAUCGAACUCCAAAGAUGAUAUGUCACGUUUUUGAAAGUGAGGAGGCUCAAUUUAUAGCACAAAGUAUUGGACAAGCAUUCCAAGUAGCUUACAUGGAGUUCCUAAAAGCAAAUGGGAUAGAGGAUCAUAGCUUUGUUAAGGAAAUGGAUUACCAAGAGGUGCUCAAUUCGCAGGAGAUAUUCGGCGACGAGCUGCAAAUGUUCGCAAAGAAGGAGAUGCAGAAAGAGGUAGUGGUACCGAAAGCAAAGGGAGAAAUCCUCGGUGUUGUGAUCGUUGAGUCCGGAUGGGGCUCGAUGCUGCCAACCGUAGUCAUAGCAAAUUUGGCACCGGCCGGUGCCGCCGCACGUUGCGGUCAACUUAACAUCGGUGAUCAGAUAAUAGCGAUUAACGGCGUAUCGUUAGUCGGCUUGCCUUUGUCCACGUGUCAGACUUAUAUAAAAAAUUCAAAGAAUCAAACGGUCGUCAAGCUAACUGUCGUGCCGUGUGCACCUGUAGUCGAAGUGAAAAUCAAGAGACCCGACACGAAAUAUCAGUUAGGAUUUAGUGUACAGAACGGAGUGAUAUGUAGUCUAUUGAGAGGUGGUAUCGCCGAGCGGGGCGGAGUACGAGUGGGACAUAGGAUAAUUGAAAUCAAUAAUCAGAGUGUUGUUGCUGUACCGCACGAAAAGAUUGUUAAUCUUCUGGCUACGUCAGUGGGAGAGAUUUUGAUGAAAACGAUGCCCACAUCGAUGUUUAGGCUGUUGACCGGCCAGGAGUCUCCGGUGUACAUAUAAAAAGCGUUCAGUUGCCUGGCUGAUGCGUAGUGAACAGACAAUACAUCCACCAUCCACUACCAUACUAUCCGCUACCUUUAUUGUACAGGUUAUUCUAUGCAAAUCGCUUUGUGUUUUCGAUUCUUAUGGGACGAUUCGAUACAUUCACCAGCUCCUGCUUAGUAAACGAGACCUACAUAGGUACGUCGCAGAAACGUUACUAAAUAUCUACUCAAGCAUAAUUUAUAUGAUUAUCAAUUAUUGUAAGAGAUAUACGUAUAGUACUUAUCAAUGAGAUUCUCUAUAACACAUAUGUUCCCUGAAAUCUUGCGAGCUAUUGUUUCAAUAACGAUCAAUGCAUUACGUCAAUGCUACCGAUUUAUCGUCUAAGCGGUGUAAAAAUUAUGGCGAAAUUGCCGCAAUUAGGCGAUCAGGCAUUUUAUUUGUUACGAGUCUAGCGAAACGAUAGGGGAAAAAAAUAUUGAUUUUCAGUACACAACAAGUGGAUGUUACAGAGAAUCGCAUUAUUCGCGCCAAGAAAGAUAGGUGAUGCAAAUGAGGCAAUUGCACAUGAUUAUAAAUAGCACAAAGCUCUUUACCAACAGCUGGAGCAGGGCUGGAACUGUAUAUUACGUAGUUUAAUGACGUAGUAAUAUUUAUAAAAAGGAUCUCCCUCUAUCUCUCAUGGAGACACUUUAAGCUAAAGCGUUUAUUUAAUCUUUUUUAUCUUUAAGGCCGGCGAAUACUUGCGGCGCGAUGCCCGAGUAUAUUAAUUUGUACUAAAAUUAUUAUCUACUGUAGUAACUUCGGACGCGUAAAUCUCGUGAUAAAUAACGCCAUAGUAAUUAUAUAGAAGAGCACAUUAACGUAUUCGUACUGAGGAAUGUUUAAACGAGAGGAAUUUUUUAAACGAGUAAAUUAUAAUAUGUUUUGCAAUACAUUUAGCUGAUUUUCGGUAAAAGAUAUAAUAAAUUGCGUAUCAUUGAAUACACGAAAAUGUCAUUGG